GUUGAUGACAGUUUGAAGAAACAGUUCGACGCGCACCUUCUCAUAUUUCAUUAUUAACGCACUCAUUGACGGAUUCAGUCUCGUAAAUUCUCGAGAUAGUGUCGUUAAACGUUAUGUGCUCGUUUUGCUAAUAAUUCGGCUUUGCUAAGUUGUAGUUUCUUAAAGAGGAUUUUAUUGGAGCUUUUGUUUGUAAAAUAAUAAGAAACAUGCCUUCCGUUAGGUGGAAAGCUAUUUAUGCUACAAUCAUCUGCUGUCAUUAUCUGGUGCUAGUAUCUUCAAAUAAUAUGCAGGAUCCAAUUACGAUGACAUCUGAUGGAUGGAGGCCGAUAGUGGGUAGCAGAAGACAACCACCUGGUUUCGAGUCGGAUAUGCGCCUAUCUCAAUAUAAAAGUCCUAGUCAGAAUACAGAAACUGAAAUUAUUAAAUCCGAAAGUCCGAUCACGAUUACAACGCCAGAAUAUGAACAACACGAAGAAAUUGAAAGUUCGACAAAAGCUUUAAACAACUUGAAUGCAGGACCGGCGCAGGCACAGAAUACUGGUAAUAAGAUUCCACCACACAGCAAAUUUAACUCCCCAAAAUAUCAAACGAUUCCUCCUAAUGCAGUCUCUUUAGGACGACCUUCACAAUAUGGUUUUAGGAAACACCCCAUGCCUGCAAAAACAAUGAAGACGGUAACACAUGUUGUACCAGCUCCAAAAAGAAAACCUCCACCUAGAGGACCGAUGGGGUCGCAUAGUACAAGAAACGAAGUGUACAUACAUCCUACGGGUUCAUUAAAUUUCCCCUACGUGAAACAAGGACCGAGCAACGUAAGAACACGAGAAACACAGGGUCUUGGUGUAUUCGGAACACAAAAUCAUUUUACUGUCAAUCAGCCAAACUCUCACGUUGAAAUAAACCGUUUUCCGUCAUUAAACGACAACUUUUUCGAGCAAUAUAAAAGUGUUUCUUAUAUUAUUCCAAAAGGGAAAAACGGCCAGGAUGAGUAUAGCAGAAAUUUAGUACCACCACCACCCUCCAGAAACUUGUCAGCUGAGAAAGAGAAGUUGAAGAAUGCUAAAAUUCCUAAAUUUAAGGAUAAUACGGUAGCAGUAUCGGAACCUGUAGUGGACCUUCACGAAAAUUAUGCUGUGAAGCCACAAAUACAAGACAAUUUAGUGCACCCAUCAGUGAUAAAUUACGACCAGACUUUUGGUUUACAAAAGCCUUUUAAAAUUAAACAUCCUGCAGCAAUUGAUGUUGAAGUGACCAAAGAAAAUUUGAAAGUAUAUCAUAAUAUUUUACCAAAUAGGUUCAAGACAAGUAGUGGUGACUAUAUAGACUAUGAUUAUCAUACAGUACCCACUCCAGCGGCUGUUCCAAAGUUACAGACGUAUGAAGUAACAGAAGGUAAAUGGCAAGACAACCCUAACCCUUUCACAUUUAGCUAUCUUAAACCAGCCGAUGUCCCCCAAGGAGCCCACAGUCACAGACAUCAACAACCAAUUGGACCUCAAAUAACAAAUGAACCAAUCGUUGAGCUUAACCUUCCACCUUUCCUCCCUACUCCUUACAGACCCGACCCAGCUUAUCCUACAUCUCCUACUCAAAGCGAAGCUUCCACAGUAUUUUCGCAAGUCAGCAAGAAAAUGAAUAAAUUUAAGAAUGCAGCACUGAAUAACAAUCCAUUAUUUUUUGAUAUUAAAGAAGUUUCGACGCACUAUCCAAUUCUAGGAAGACCUGCAUUUGUAGAAGAACAAACUGGGAGUCCCAUUAAUGAUAACGAAAUAGGAAACGAGGUGACUACUCAACGGGAAGAAAGCACUACAAAGAAAAGAAGAAGAAGACCUCAACCAAGAAGACCAACACCUUCCACUACUACUACAACUACGACAGAAGAACCACAACCCACGGAACCGUAUAUACCAGUAAAUGUAAAUGAAGAGCUUCCUGCGGAAACAGAAAAACCUCCUCCAAAACGUUUACGUACCAGACCUAAUAGAUAUAGGGUCCCUACCGGAAGUGGUGCCAUAAACCAAGACAUUCAAGAGAAUCCCGUUCAGUAUAGAACCACUACCCCUUCUAGUGAAAUGGAAGAAAACAGUGGAGAAAAGAAAGUUAGAGGACGAAAUCGGUAUAGGCAAAGAGGAAACGCAAUUAAAGACCCUAGCGACGCAAGAAAUUCCAUAUAUCGUAAACGAACCAGACCAACAACUACAACAACAACCGUGAAACCAGCAAAUCACAAAAUGGUUGACUCAGAAUACAACGAACCAUCAGAAAACAAUGGAUUCAAAUCAAAAUACUUCUACCAUUCUGAUUUGGAGACAACACGUAAACCUCAAAGAAUAGUUGACUACGAAGAAAUGAUGAGCUAUGAAGAUAAAAGCGAAGUUAGCUAUGAGAGUACGUCCAGUGGCAAAUUAAUUGAAGAUAUUGGGUACAAGGGAUUGAGAACUACCACAGCUCCUGAAGAAACUACUGUACUAAAUAUUCGCAAUCCAGAAAACGAAGUCGAUUCUGUGACGGUUCCUCCACAGUAUCAGAAUGAGGAAGAACAAAUAGUGGAUACAACAGUAGCUACGACCAUCCCUACAACUACCACAACAGAAGCACCAACCACAACAAAAGUAAGCAGGAUUAAGACAAGGCCUACCAACUUCAAAACAUCCAAUAGGCCGAGGUUUAGCGUGAAGGACUAUAGGCAGCGGUUAAAUCAAUUUACUACAAGUACACCAUCUACUACGACUGAUAUUGUAAAAACUACAUCGGAAGGUUCUAGAAUUAGAUUCCCAUCAAGGCUAAGAACAAGACCUACACAUUCCUCUACAACAACUGCUCCUCCACCACCAGAGGAAACCACCACGGAAGUAGUAAUACGUAGAAGAUUCAAACCUAAAGACCCCAGACACUCAACAACGACAGAAAUACCAAACAUCAUUCCAGAGACUAACAUUAAGUCAGUAAAUACCAGGUUAAGACCAUUUGAUCGAUACAAAUCUACAGAAGCUCCUCCAAAGGCUAAAGUCUCAAUUAAACCGUCUAUUUACUUAAACAGACGAAAGCCAUCUAUAAACAUGAGAACCAAGUUAAACAAACCAGAAGAAUUACCUGUAAAAGAAAAAGAACCCGAAGAAAAACAAGAAGAGGAUAGAGAAGACUCUGAACUUACAACAGAAUACCAGUCCGUUAAACUGAGUACUUCUACCGAUGCACAUCUAACAACACCUGAUGUCAACGAAGAUGACUAUUCCCAGCGAGUAUCUGAUCUAACCUCUUCUUUCAAGAGUGAAUACGAUACUCCUGGGUUAUUCAAAAACGUAGCUCCUGUCAGCAGGAGGGUGCCCAACUAUUUUACCAUUUCUACAGAAGAUCCUAUUUUACCAAUUGAAGCGUUCUUCCCGGGUAUCAACGAGAAGGAUAAAGAUACUUGAAUAGGUUAAGAAAUGUGUCUGUGUUAAUACUUUUAAAUAUGCAGGUAUGCAUAGUUUUAUCAUUUUCAUACAUCACUGCCGAUAUGUUGCUACAAUUUCUACCUUUGGAAAGAUAUAGAAAGAAACUUAAUUCUCAUAGGUAUUUAAGCUAUCAGUAGUAAACUAUAGAAGACUUCUACUUCCUUAGAUUAUAACAGAAAUUCGUACUUCCAUCUUUCAAUGAAAUAAAACAUGAGCUAUAACACGAAAAAUGUCUAGUUGAGUUUCUAUACAGAGUGAGUUUUAUAUAUGGAAUCAAUUAUCUCGGAAACGGUUUGGACGAUUUUUAUAGGUUUUAGUGAGUACGGGCCUUGUGAUGCGGCCGAUAUUAUGGCGGUAUUUACGUUGUUGUCUGAUCUUCUGUUUUUUCUGGAAAUCUAACGAACUGUCUUAUUUCAAAUGGAACACCCUGUAUAUUUUUCGCGUUUUGAAGUUCUUAAGUCCUUAAGAAAUACUAAUUAUUUUUCAUGUAAUGUACCUUUUACCUAAAUGCCAUAAUUUCUGAGUUAUUGCUACAUUUAUUUAAACAAAUUAUCAAAAUCAAUUUUUUCGACCCGGCCAGAUAUUAUUCUAGAUUUUUUGGAUCUUUAGGAAUAAAAUAGGUCUCUUGUAAUUUUUCGUUAAAGUUGAUUGUUUUCAAGUUACAAUUAAAAAAAUAAACGAAAAAUGACUAUUUUCAACGAUCAAAAACAGAAGUAAAAAAUAUCAUGUUUGAAAAUACGAAGUACCUAAAUUCAAGUUCAAAUCUUCUAUUAUCAGUUCGUGAUAAGAAUUUUUGGCGUGUUUCAUUCUAAAACAUUGUUUUUAUUUGUCAAUGAAGCGCUUAUAAGAGGACAGCAUUAACAACCUAAAAAAAAGGUUUUUAAAAGAAAUAAGCCCAAAAUACUUGUCAUUAACUGAUAGAAUAAGGUUUGGGUUUGAAUUGAGACACUUAGUAAUUUCAAAAAUUAUAUUUUUUAACUUGUGUUUUUGAGCAUUGAAAAUCGUAAUUUUUCACCUUUAGAGAAAAACUAGAAUAGACUUUUUUUGUUCCGAAUGAUUAAAAAAACUUAAAAUAUUAUUUGCACUUACCGAAAAAACUGAUAAUUUGUUUAAAAUAAAUUGUUCAAUUAAAGUAUCAAUAACUCCAAAAUUAUGGCUUUUAGGUAUAGGGAAUAUUACAUAACAAAUAAUCAUUAUUUCUUAAGGACUUCAAAAGGCAAAAAUAUACAGGAUCUUCCAUUUGAAAUCAAAAGUAGAUUUCCAGAAAAACGGCAGAUCUGACAACAAUGUAAAUACCAAUAUCGGCCGCAUCACAAGACCCUUACUUACUAUCUUACUAAAACCUAUAAAAACCGUGCAAGCCGUUUUCGAGAUAAUCGAGGCCUUCCAAACAUAAAACUCACUCUGUAUAUUAAAAUGAUGGAAUUUUGGUAGAAAUUUCUGUUCCUUAUGACAUGACUAUUUUAAUUUAUGUCUAUGUUUACUUUCUGUAUGUUUUUCCAGAUCUAUAUAUGUACAUAGUAUUUUAAGUCCAAACCUUUUGCUACAUGAAUGAUUUUUUCAAUGAUUUUAUGAAUUUCUAAAGUUUCUCUCUCUUUUGUAUUGUUGUAAAUGUUAGCUAAUUUGUGAAAGGGGAAUAUUGAUGCUCAUUUUUGAAAACCUUUCUCUAGUUUUUAUCUUGCACCUUCAUACUAUUGUUUCCAUGAUUAGGCUGAAGAGUAGAUUGACAACGUAUAUCUCUGUCUGACCUUCUUCUUCAUCUUAGUUCAGGCGAGACACGUUAAUCCCUGUCACUUGGUCAUAAAGUCUUUGUGACAUACCUUGCUUUUAUCAUAAGUCUUGUGGCCUCAACGAAAGCCAACAGUUGCCUUAUUGGUAGUUUUAGGAUCUCCUCUGUUUCAAACCUCAGUUGGACAGUGAAUUUUCUUCCAGUGUAUGGCAGUAUUUUCUUCCAUUUCGAAUUUUCUGCACCUUGUCAGCUAUUUUUUAACCUUGCUUUUAAAGCAACUUUGGUAAUGCCGAUGCCACAAAAUAGUUAUGGGCUUACAAAAGUUUCUCUUGAACCAACAAAUCUGCCAUUUUUCUGCUAAUAUUCAAUUUAUUAACAGGCAAGGCAGAGCGCACGUAUCGACCACACGGUUUUCAAAUCUCUAUAAAGGCGGGUGUACAUUGCUAGUAAAUAACGAACGUGGUUCACACUAAAAAACAAGCGUUAUCUACGCUUCUGUGCAAUACGUUUCUUAAGAAACGUUAUUGUGUUUACACUGGGCACGAGAGUUUUAUGUGUUAGUAGUGGACAUGGCAUCAUCAUUUGUAUUAGAGUCUACUAUUACAACCUGCGAAAUAAUAGUUAUUAUUUCUGCAGUACAUGUUUUGCUGUAAAAUUUUGAAUUUCAAGCAGAGCAACACUUCUUUCUACUGCUGCGUUUCGCGAGUCAUUAUUUUUAUACCUUGCGUCAGAAUCAUUCCAGAGUACAGGAUCACUUUCGUGCAAUUCUACAAAUCUAACAUAUAACGGUCUCCCGUUCAUUCAGAUGCUCAUUUUUGAGGGUAAAAGCAACUCUUUACGACUGUCUUUAGAGCGUGAAAUAUUUAACAUGUUUAAUGUCUAUUGUGGAGUGGCGUAGACCAUUCGUGAGGCAAUCGUGCUGCACGAACAUCUGCUUACAUAAAGGCGGGUUGACAUUACUAGUGAAUAACGAACGUGGCUCACGCUUACGUAUUUUGCCCGUGCUAUUGUUAGAUAUUUUAUUAUCUAUUUUCAAACUCGAGCAGUACAUUUGUAUUUAUGCAAUGCAUAGAUACAAAUGUACUGCUCGAGUUUGAAAAUAGAUAAUAAAAUAUCUAACAAUAGCACGGGCAAAAUACGUAAGCGUGAGCCACCUUCGUUAUUCACUAGUAAUGUCAACCCGCCUUUAGUCGUGUAGCAUGGGCCAACUACGUAAGCGUAAGCCACGUUCGUUAUUCACUAGUAAUGUCAACCCGCCUUAACACCGGUAAUAUUGCUCGAAUUUACUUCCAACUUGGUGUAAAUUUAAAUACCCUUGAAGUACUAUUACUCUUUCAUAUGGAAUAAACAGUCGAUUUUUUCAAAAUACAAGAGCUAUGUAACCCCUUCAAAUACCUAUAUACUAAUGCCAUUCACAGGCGUAAUCCAAUUAAAACAAUUUUUAAGUCCAGCUUUUAUUUAAGAAUAAUUAUCUGUGAAAAAAAGUAUGAAGUAUAGAUUUAAAUAUGUGUUGCAUAACAGCAACAAAUUCUACCUGACUAGAGUAUAUUUCUAUCCUGUCACGUAUAGUAACUAUUAUAUACCGUAUGUACUUACGUUAAAUUUUAUUAACUAUUUAUUUAUAAAUAUAUAUUAUUUAUUGUUAGACUUGUAAAAAUCUUGAUAUAAAUAAACGAAAAAUACAUUUA